GCGCAAAAAGGUAACUAGGAAGGAAAGGAAAAGGCUUGACGACGGAUUAUGUCGGCACACUGCUGAGCGAAAGCAGCUGCUUUCAAAUGGUAACGUUUGGGGUUACGUCCUCCUUCAAACAUGUAAUUCGUUUUAAAAUGGGCGAUUGACAAUUCGAAGGGAAGAAACUGUAACCGGAUGUUUAAUUAACUACCAAAAAAUCUACCAAAAAAAGGGAGCGAAAAUGAUGUCAGAGUGCGAUCCUACAGAGACGGAAAGCGGCUUGCCCGUGCUGGACACCGGGGUAGCAGCAGCAGCAGCAAUGCCCGAACUGGACUCUAACUUUCACUCCAGAGGACCCUCGAAUGUGUCAUUUGACGACAGCCGGAUAGGACUGAGGCUCCCGACCAACCCCGGAGGCGCCCUCCGGAUCUCGGACUCCCGUGAGAGCGUACUGACCGAGCUAGAGACGGACGGCUCCGGCGAAGAGGCGCUGUUGUUACCCUGCCUAGCAGGAAGCUCGACGUCUCCGAGGGGUGCCCGAGACAAGCGGAGCCGACGGAACAGACAAAGCUCGUCGUCGGACAAAGACGCCCUGGCCUCCCCAGGUGCGAACAGCGGGGACUUCAACCAUUUUCCAGACGACACGGAGUUUGCAGACUUCAUCCUGAGGGCAGAACAAGCUAUCGAGAGCGGCGUUUUCCCUGAAAGGAUUUCCCAAGGCUCCAGCGGGAGCUACUUUGUUAAAGACCCGAAAGGGAAAGUCAUUGGUGUUUUUAAACCAAAGUCAGAGGAACCUUACGGUCAUCUGAACCCAAAAUGGACCAAAUACUUCCACAAGCUCUGCUGUCCGUGCUGUUUUGGCCGAGGCUGCUUGUUGCCCAAUCAGGGCUACCUCUCCGAGGCGGCUGCCUCCCUGGUCGACACGAAGCUCGGUCUGGGAGUGGUGCCGAAAACAAAGGUGGUGUAUUUGGCCAGUGAGACAUUCCACUACAGCGCCAUAGACCGAGCGAAGUCCAGAGGGAAGAAGUACGCCUUGGAGAAAGUCCCGAAGGUGGGCCGGCGCUUCCACAGAGUGGGCCUGCCUCCCAAGGUGGGCUCCUUCCAGCUGUUCGUGGAGGGCUACCGCGAAGCCGACUACUGGCUGCGGCGCUUCGAGGCCGAACCUCUACCAGAGAACAUCAGGAAACAGCUGCAGUCGCAGUUCGAGAGGCUGGUCGUGUUAGAUUAUGUCAUCAGAAACACAGAUCGAGGAAACGACAACUGGUUGAUCAAGUAUGAGAAGCCAGGAGAGGGAGAUGAAAGUGACAAGGAUGCCGAGUGGUCAGAGAACAGCACGGACUCCUGCAUCAAGAUCGCAGCCAUCGACAACGGCCUGGCCUUCCCCUUUAAACACCCAGACGAGUGGAGAGCGUACCCCUUCCACUGGGCCUGGCUCCCUCAGGCGAAGGUGCCCUUCUCCCAGGAGACCAGAGACCUGGUGCUGUCCCGCCUCUCCGACAUGAACUUUGUCCAGGACCUCUGUGAGGACCUCUAUGAGAUGUUCAAGGCAGAUAAAGGUUUUGAUAAAACCAUGUUUGAGAGGCAGAUGUCUGUCAUGAGAGGACAGGUGCUGAAUCUGACUCAGGCCCUUAAGGAUGGGAAGAGCCCCAUCCAGCUGGUGCAGAUGCCCCGUGUGGUGGUGGAGCGCAGCCGCUCCGGCCAGGGACGGGUGGUCACGCUGGGCAACGCGUUCACGCAAACCUUCCACUGCAAACGGCCCUUUUUUUCCUCCUGGUAGAACGAGAAGCGCGAGAAGGGGAGCCGAGGGGAGACUCCUGGGAAAGCACGUUGCUCUGUUCCGACGUCAGUCCUUUAUAAGGGAGGGCAGGUUAUCAGACUGGAAACAGUGCAGGUCUGUCUUUGGAGUGCAGCGAGGAAAAGCAGAGCUAGAGGACAGCAAAAGGCAUUUAACAAAAUGUUUGAAGGGAAGCUCAGUCGAGGCAAUUUAAUUUUCAUUUUGUGAAGGGAGCGUAUUGAAAAGUGGAAGCUGGAGAGAUUAGCAUACCUUGAUUUCCUGUCAGACAGACCCUUUCGGCCAUUUGAGGUGUUUGGAUAAUCAGCUUUUUCACAGAGGGGGCUUUGUUCAUUGUUAGGAAAGCAACUUUUUUUUCUUUUUUUUUAACAGAACUCCACUCAAAGUAUCUACUGAAGUGUCACACCAGGGGUCUUAGUGGGGUAAUUGCCAAAAAGCAGUACUUGCAUACAACUAACUGCCACAUUAGCCGUUUAGCAGUGUUGGGUUCAUCUAAAGGACCGGUUUGCACGUCUUGGAACUUGUCCUCAACCUGGAAUAAAGCCCCCAAAACACCUGCUCUGCCUUGUAGAAAUACUCUGUAAUAUACACAUGUACCUGCACAGCUGGACGUGUUUGUGUAGCCUCACUCACACGGGUCAAACCACCCUGUACCAAAUUAUUAUUCAUACUUCAAAACUGCAAUGUUAACAAACAGUGUCUUUAAGUCUACAUACUGCCAAAUGUUUUUUUUUUUUUUCUAUUUUUAUUUUUUUUUUCCUUUUGAAGAAUAAUUAUGAAGCCUCGAGUUAUGAAUUGUGAUGAAACUUGAAUCCGGAGGAGCGGCCUGGGGGGGGUUUAAACGUGGCUUGAAUGUAUUCUGUUUACGGUUUACACGGAUUCUGUCUCCGAAACAUUUCAGUGCAAGAGACCGCUGUCACAAAUGGACUUCUCAGAACAAUGAAUGUAUUUAUUGUUUGGCAUGUGUUUAAUUGCUGGCAGCUUUCUCUUGAACCGCGUGCAUUGAAGGGGGGAAGGGGGGAAUAACAAUUCCCUCUUUGUAAAAUACUCUUUAAAAAAAACAUUUAGCACAAUAUUUCUCUUCUUGCUCGAUGCCGUUGCGUUUUCUUAUGUAUGAAUCUUGACAUUUUUAUUCCAACUUGAUUGUAUGAGAGUUGUAUAUUUAACAAGAAAUAAUAAAACUUGGGACAUUUGAAUCA